AUGUCAUCAUCCCUCCUGUUUCGCCGCGCGACCGCCGCCUCUCCUGGCGUCGUCCGCUCCUUCAGCUCCUCCUCUCGCCUGUCUGUUGCCCGCUUGUCCCUGAUCGGCAAUCUCGCCGAUACACCCGAGGUUCAGACCACGGGCACCGGUCGGGAAAUCCUCAAAUACGCCGUCGCGAGCAACUACGGCCCCAAGGAAAACCGUCAAACCAGCUGGUUCCGCGUCACCAGCUUCGCUGACGGGCCCCGAAAGGACUUUCUGCUCAGCCUGGCCAAGGGGACCAUGGUUUACGUCGAGGGCGACGUUUCUGUGAGCAAUUACCAGGAUUCCAACGGUCAGCCACGCACCGGGCUGAACAUUGUUCAGCGAAGCAUUGAGGUUCUCAAACGACCCCAGAACGUCGCUGACAGCGAGUAA